AUGUCUGAAUUUAGAACUUUUCCAUCAGGAAGAUCGAUCACACCCAUUAUGAAGUCAAAAAACCCCAAGGUCAUGAUAACUCAAAACGAAGCUAGCCAUUUUAGUGACCCAGAAAAUGAUGAUAUUUUAGAUAAUGACGAAGAAACUAAAGAAGUGGCCGCGCAGCUUAUGAUGAUUAGAAAAAGACAUGAUAAAACUAAAGAAGCCAAUGCUAAAAAACGACAAUAUUUAGAAAAAAUCAAAAAAGAGCUAGAAAAAGCUAAUUCUGUCGCAAAUAUCGCAGAAAAUGAUUCAAAAAAUUUACAACAAAAAUUAGAGCAAUUAAAAAUUGCUCUUGAAAAUACUAGAAAAAAGCAUGAAGACGAAAUAAGAGACAAAAAAACUUAUUUGCAUGUAUUAGAUAGAAUGAAAAAAGAUAUACUCAUAGUUAAAAAUUAUGUCAAUAUCUAAAACCAUUUUUCUCUUAAAUCCUUAUUAUUAUACUCAAGAUUAAAAUUUCUAUGGAAAUAAAAUCAAACUCUUUACAAUUAGGCUUAAAAUCUGCCAAACAAAUUUUAGACCUAGAAACAGAAAAAUACAGAAAAAUGAGAGAAACUAAAUACCAGUCGAAAUUUUUGCUGCAGGAUAUGAAGGAUGGAUUAAUGCAAGAGAAAAAACAAAAAGACGACCGCAUACAGCAGCUUGAAAAAAAUGUAAAACUGCGACAAGAAGCUGCUUUAAGAAGAGAAGAACGUCAAAAACGCCAAGCCGAUAUCGCUGAAGCAGCUGCUAAUGAUGAUAAAGAUUCCCAUGAGGUAAAGCUGAGGGAAAGUCUCCUCAUGCAUAGAUUUUGGUAUACCAUUUUGCAACGUAAAUUAGAUGCUGAAAUGCAAAAAGCUAUAGGUGUUGAACAAGCUUUUCAAAAAAUUAGAGCUGCCACUGGGCUCAUGGACGUCCAAGAUAUUGUGGAGCGUUUUCUAACCCGAGAACAGACGUAUACUCAGCUUCUAAAUGCGGUCUCUGAAGCAGAACAAAAAUUAGACACUUUACGACAGCAAAAUUCAGCAGCUAGAAACCAACUACAAGGCCUUCAACUUCAAGAUGGUGGAAAUUCACGAAAAGUUUACGCUGACAUAGACGCGAUGGAAGACCAGCUAGCUGGGUCUCAUAAAGAAUAUUCCCUUAAUAAAGAAAAACUAGGCAAGGCUGUAAGGGUUUAUGAUCAAGUUUUAAACUGGGGAGAAAAAAUUAUGCAUACUUUAGAUAUACCAAAUAGCUUAAUCCUCACUCUGUGAGCAAUUAAAAAUAUUUGGCUCACUCACUGGUUAAAUUUUAAAUAAAAAUCCAUAUUCAUUAAAAUUAAAAUUUUUUUAGAAUUUAAGAUAUUUAAAAUAUUUUAUUAUAAAAAAUGUUUAAAAAUAAAGCAAUUUUGCCCACUCACGAAGUGUUGGUUUUCCAAAAAAUUAAGGCUAUUUCAAAUAUUUUAUUCACUCAUAGAGGGAAGAGCUAGAAAUCGCCCCAGGAAGCCGAAUUUCUGAAACCAAAGAUACGCUUCAUGAUAUGCUUGAGCUGAUUUAUGCAAAACUUGAAGAUCUUGUCCAGCCAAUUCAAGAGAAAAAAGAAGAAUCAAGAAAAGCAAUGGAGGCUUAUGCACAUAAAAAAACAGCGGACUUAGUGGUAAGGGCUAUUUAGGCUGAAAUGAGCACACAGGAAGCAUUAGCUAAGAUUGUAAGGGUGAAACCAGAAGUUUUUAAUGUGGAAGCGGAAGAAGAAGGGCUCUUUGAAGCUGAUGAAGAGCUGGAAGUGGAGAAAAAAGAACCAGAAGAAGAAACGGUAAGGAAGAAAAACUCAACAAGAAGGCAUAGAUAA